CUGCGAGCGGCGGGCGCACUCUGCAGCCCUGGCUCUGCGAUGGCACACCUGUGGCUCUUAGGGAGCUGGGGGCUCUGGAGCGUGCUCCUGUGCGCCGCGGAUUCCCGCUCAGAUGGUUCUAAAAUAAUCCCCCACGUUGUGGAAGUAAUACCUAAAUAUGGCAGCAUAAAUGGAGCAACAAGGCUGACCAUCAAAGGAGAAGGUUUUUCUCAAGCAAACCAGUUUAACUAUGGAGUUGACAACACUGAGUUGGGAAACAAUGUGCAAUUAGUUUCUUCUUUCCAGUCAGUUACGUGUGAUGUAGAAAAAGAUUCAAGUCAUUCAACUCAAAUUACAUGCUACACUAGAGCAAUGCCAGAAGAUUCCUACACUGUUAGAGUCAGUGUGGAUGGGAUUCCCAUUUCUGAAAAUAACACCUGCAAAGGUCAUAGCAACAGCUGGGCAUGCAGCUUCAGUGCAAAACGUUUCAGGACUCCAAUAAUAAGGAGAAUCACACCUUUAUCUGGGACUCCAGGUACACUAAUAACAAUCCAAGGCAGAAUUUUCACUGAUGUCUAUGGAAGUAACACUGCACUGAGCUCCAAUGGAAAAAAUGUGAGGAUUUUGAGAGUUUAUAUUGGAGGAAUGCCUUGUGAACUUCUCAUACCACAAUCCGAUGAUUUGUAUGGUCUAAAGCUCGAUCAUCCACGUGGAGACUCGGGUUCUAUGAUUUGUAAGGUAACUGGAACUUACAUUGGUCAUCACAAUGUCAGCUUCAUCUUAGACAGUGAUUAUGGAAGGAGUUUACCACAGAAAAUGGCCUAUUUUGUUUCUUCUCUCAAUAAAAUUUCCAUGUUUCAAACAUAUGCAGAGGUUACCAUGAUUUCACCUUCCAAAGGAAGCAUUCAAGGUGGCACUGUGUUGACAAUAAGUGGGCAGUUCUUUGAUCAGACGGAUCUCCCAGUGAGAGUUAUUGUUGGAGGUCAAGUCUGUGAUAUUUUGAAUGUUACAGAAAAUAGUAUAUAUUGCAAGACACCCCGCAAACCUCAGACCCUCAAAACUGUGUAUCCAGGUGGGAGAGGCCUAAAGCUUGAGGUAUGGAAUAACAGCAGGCCAGUACAUCUUGAAGAGAUACUUGAAUACAAUGAAAAAACUCCAGGGUACAUGGGUGCCAGUUGGGUAGAUUCAGCUUCCUAUAUUUGGCCCAUGGAACAAGACACAUUUGUUGCUCGCUUCAGUGGAUUUUUGGUGGCUCCAGAUUCUGAUAUUUAUAGAUUCUACAUCAGAGGUGAUGAUCGUUAUGCUAUUUAUUUCAGCCAGACUGGAGAUCCAGAAGAUAAGGUGAGGAUUGCAUAUCAUUCUGCCAAUGCCAACAGCUAUUUUUCCAGUCCAACACAGAGAUCAGAUGAUAUUCAUCUUCAAAAAGGAAAAAAGUAUUAUAUUGAAAUCUUGCUGCAGGAGUAUAGAUUGAGUGCUUUUGUUGAUGUAGGACUAUACCAGUACAGAAAUGUCUAUACUGAACAGCAAACAGGAGAUGCAAUGAAUGAAGAACAAGUCAUCCAGUCCCAGUCAACAACCAUUCAGGAAGUACAGGUUAUAACAUUGGAAAACUGGGAAACAACUAAUGCAACUAAUGAAAUUCAGAAGAUGACAGUAACCAGCCCAUGUGUGGAAGCCAAUUCAUGUCCACAUGACCAGUACAGAUUAGUAUAUGACAUGGAAAAAACUGUCUGGCUACCUGCUGAUGCUUCUGACUUCAUAUUGCAAUCAGCUUUAAAUGACCUUUGGUCUAUAAAACCGGAUACAGUUCAAGUAACAAGAAUGCAGAAUCACCAGAGCUAUAUCUACACAAUAACCUUUAUAUCAACUAGAGGAGACUUUGAUCUGCUUGGUUAUGAAGUAUUUGAGGGGAAUAAUGUCACACUGGAUAUUACAGAACAAACUAAAGGAAAACCCAAUAUGGAAACAUUCACACUGAACUGGGAUGGAAUUGCUUCUAAGCCCCUUACCACAAGGUCAUCAGAAGCUGAAUUCCAGGCAGCAGUGGAAGAAAUGGUGAGCACUAAGUGCCCACCACAAAUUGCACACUUUGAAGAAGGAUUUGUUGUGAAAUACUUCAGAGACUAUGAAACUGAUUUUGACCUGGAAUAUAGUAAUAGAGGGCAGAAGACUGCUGAAACUGAUGCUUACUGUGGUCGUUACACCCUGAAAAACCCAGCUGUUCUUUUUGACUCAGCAGAUGUUAACCCAAACAAACUACCAUAUGGAGACAUUUUAUUAUUUCCUUAUAAUCAGUUUUGUUUAGCAUACAAAGGAUUCCUGGCAAAUUAUAUUGGUCUAAAAUUCCAGUACCAAGACAAUGGCAAGAUUACUAGAAGCACUGACAUACAAUUUUCGUAUAACUUUGCUUAUGGAAACAACUGGACCUACACUUGCAUAGAUCUUCUGGAUCUCAUACAAACCAAACAUGCUGGGACAAGUUUUUCUCUUCAAAGGAUUAGUUUACAGAAAGCCUCAGAGGCACAGUCCUUCUAUGUAGAUGCAGUAUAUAUUGGACAGACAUCUACAAUCUCAACAUUCAGUGAAAUGCCAAAGAGAAGACUUCCAGCAUUAGCAGAUAAAGGAAUAUUUUUAAAGCACUUUUGGGUGAAUCAGACCAAAAUAAAUGGAUCAACUCUAACAGUUCAGUAUUCUGUUACUAUGACUUCAUAUAAUUGCAGUUAUAAUAUACCCAUGAUGGCUGUAAGUUUUGGGCAGAUAACCACAAAUGAGACUGAGAAUGAAUCUGUCUACAGAGGAAUUAAUUGGCCAGGAGAGUCAAAGAUUCGUAUUCAAAGAAUUCAAGAAGCUUCUCCACCUAUAAGUGGCAGCUUUGAUAUUAAAGCUUAUGGACAUAUUCUCAAAGGCAUCCCCGCUUCUGUGUCAGCUGCAGAUUUGCAGUUUGCUCUCCAGAGCUUGGAUGAAGUGGGACAAGUCUCAGUUACCAGAGAGGGAAACUGUGCUGGUUACUCAUGGAGCAUCAAGUGGAGAAGCCUGUGUGGAAAUCAGAAUCUUCUACAGAUUAAUGAUUCCAGCAUUGUUGGAGAAAAGGUUAAUAUGACAGUUACAAAGAUAAAGGAAGGUGGUUUGUUUAGACAGCACAUACUUGGAGAUCUACUUCAAACACCCAGUCGACAGCCACAGGUUGAAGUCUAUAUCAAUGGAAUUCCAGCUAAAUGUUCAGGUGACUGUGGGUUUACAUGGGAUCCUACAGCUACUCCCCUAGUUUUGGACACAAGGCCUUCACAAGGAUCCUAUGAAGAAAACACAAUUUUAACCAUAGUAGGCUCUGGAUUUUCUCCUACUUCAGAUGUAUCAGUUUCUGUUGGACCUACAGGUUGCUCUAUUCUUUCUGUGGCUGAAAAUGAGAUCAAGUGCCAGAUUUUGAACGGAAGUGCUGGACAUGCACCAGUUGCUGUGUCCAUGGCUGAUGUUGGACUAGCACAGGAUGUACAGGGUGAGGGAUUCCACUUCGUUUAUCAGAGUCACAUCUCACACAUCUGGCCUAAAUCUGGAAGCCUGGCAGGUGGUACUCUUCUGACUAUAUCUGGAUUUGGCUUUAGUGAAAGCUCGAAGGUUUUAGUUGGAAAUGAAACUUGCAAAGUGAUUGAAGGGGAUUUAAGCACAAUAAUCUGCAGAACGCCAAAAAGAAUUGAGGGUACAGUUGAUAUUUCAGUUUUUACCAAUGGAAUUCAAGCCACAGCAAAGGAUGUUUUCAGUUAUAAUUGCUUACAAACUCCAGUUAUAACUGAUUUUAGUCCAAAAAUACGGACAGUUUUAGGUGAUGUUAACUUAACAAUUAAGGGUUAUAACUUUGGAAAUGAACUUGCACAAAACAUGGUGGUGUAUGUUGGAGGAAAAACCUGUCAGGUUCUUCACUGGAACUUCACACAUAUUAGAUGCCUUUUGCCCGUGUUGCCUCCUGGAAAACAUGAUAUCUGUGUAGAAGUCAGAAACUGGGGUUUUGCAUCCACAAGAGACAAGUUAAAUGCUUCGAUACAGUAUAUUUUGGAAGUGACCCACAUGUUUCCACAGAGAGGCUCCUUGUAUGGUGGGACCGAAAUCACUAUCAUGGGUUUUGGGUUCAGCACAAUUCCAGCUGAGAAUACAGUCCUCUUGGGUUCCUUCCCUUGUAACGUUACAUCAUCAUCUGAAAGUGUCAUAAAAUGUAUUCUUCAUUCAACGGGGAAUGAAUUCAGAAUUACCAACAAUGGGGAAGAUUUAGUUUAUGGAUUAGGUUAUGCUUGGUCGCCAUCAGUCUUAAACGUGUCUGUGGGAGACACAGUUGUCUGGUAUUGGGAAACACGCCCAUUUCUUAGGGGAAUAGGAUACAGAGUUUUCUCAGUCUCCAGUCUUGGAAGUACAAUUUAUGAUGGAAAAGGAUUUAUGAAUGGAAGGCAAAAAUCUUUAUCAGGUUCAUUUUCUUACCGAUUUACUUCACCUGGAAUCCAUUACUACAGCAGCGGGUAUGUUGAUGAGGCUCACUCCAUUUCCCUCCAAGGAGUCAUUAAUGUUUUGCCAGCGAAAACCAGGCACAUUCCCCUGCAUCUCUAUGUGGGUAGCACCGAAGCCAUGUAUGCUCAGGGAGGAUCUGAGAAUUUGCACUUGGGAAGCCCUGUGGGAGGCUGCCUAGCAGCAGAACCCCUGUGUGAUCUGAACAAUACCAGUGUUAACAAUUCAAACAGAUUGCUUUUUGAGCUUUCAAGUUGUGAUUCACCAUCUAUAAGCAACAUUACUCCAUCUGCCGGAACAGUAGAUGAAUUGAUAACGAUUACUGGACAUGGCUUCAGUAAUCUUGCAUGUGCUAAUAAGGUUACGGUUGGUAGCUACCCCUGUGUGGUAGAAGAAAGUAGUGAUAAUUCUAUUAUGUGUCAUAUUGACCCUCAAAACUCAAUGGAUGUUGGCAUCAGAGAAAUUGUCACUUUGAUUGUCUACAACCUGGGUGCAGCUAUCAACACACUGUCUAAUGAAUUUGACAGGCGAUUUGUCCUUUUGCCGAAUAUUGAUGUGGUGUUGCCAAAUGUAGGAUCAACUACAGGAAUGACAAGAGUGACCAUACGAGGCUCUGGAUUUGGAGUGUCCUCUGUAGGUGUAGAAGUCUUUAUGGGUCGUCAUCUCCCAUGCAAUGUUCUAACUGUGAAUUAUACAGUCAUUGAAUGUGACACACCCCCUGCUCCAGAACAGCACGUGCUGGUAGAUCUUCUAAUACAUGGAGUACCUGCCCAAUGUCAGGGGAACUGCAGCUUUUCAUACUUAGAAAGCAUCACUCCUUAUAUUACAGGAAUCUUCCCAAACUCUAUCAAAGGACCUGUAAAAGUUCUUAUUGAAGGAGAAGGUUUUGGGACUAUUUUGGAGGAGAUUUCUGUUUUCAUUGGAAAUCAACAGUUCAAGGCAGUAGAUGUUAAUGAAAAUAACAUCACUGUACUUAUGACUCCUCUCCCUGCCGGAUUUCAUUCUCUCAGCGUUGUGGUGCAGAGGAAAGGCUUAGCUCUGGGAAACCUGACUGUCAGCAGCCCUGCAGUAGCAUCUGUCUCACCAACAUCUGGAAGUGUUGGUGGUGGAACUACAUUAUUGAUCACAGGCAAUGGCUUCUAUCCUGGCAAUACCACAGUCACUGUUGGGGAUGACCUUUGUCAGAUUAUGUUCAUCAACUCUAGUGAGGUCCACUGCAGCACUCCAGCAGGGAGAGGUGGAGUGGCCAAUCUGAAGAUAAUGGUUAAUGAUGUCACUUACCCACCUUUGUCAUUUGCAUACUCCCUGGAAGAUACUCCAUUUCUCAGAGGAAUUGUCCCAAAUAGAGGUCCACCAGGAACUGAAAUUGAGAUCAGUGGAUCCAACUUUGGUAUUGAUAUCUUGGGAAUUUCAGUGAUGAUAAGUGACAGUCAGUGUAAUGUGACUAUGGUCAAUGACAGUGUGCUGCAGUGCAUGGUGGGAGAUCAUGCUGGGGGUAUUUUCCCUGUGACAAUGCAUCAUAAGAUAAGGGGCUCUGCUGUGUCCACCAUUGUGUUUGAGUACCCACUUCAUAUUCAAAAUAUCCAUCCAACACAAG